AUGACCAAGGACUUCGGCAAUCUUCUCAAAUAUGAAGGUGCUCGAGCUCUUGCUAAGGCUUUAGAAGAUCAUCAGCUGUCCAAUCACCUAUCCGGAGUUAUCAAGCCUACGAUCGAUAUCUUCAAGAAUGUAAAGACCAUCUCUCUCGGAUCCAAGCUCCUCGAACGGCUUGUCACUUCCUGUUCCACAGGGAAUACCAACGUCAGAGAGAUCAUGGAGACUAUCGGACAUGCCGUCCAACCUACUCAUGUCUGCUUAGCCAAACCUCUCAUGGAUCCUACAACUCAAGAUGGUUUAUGGGAUAUCUACCUGUUCGAGAAACUCUCUCCUCUCAUGAGCAGCGGACGCUUGAUAUCGUUUACUGCUCAUGGAUUCUGGUGUUACAACGAUGGUUGUUUCCCUUCUUCUCUCGACCAUUUCGACAUCGUCUUCUCCGAUUGUCCUUUAUCGACCCACAGCGGCAACUGUGAUUGCUAG